AUGCCGCUGGGUGCAGGCGAGGACGAAGACGGAGACGAUCGCCACUGCCAUGAACCAGUUUGUGCAGACGGCGUGUGGUCGCUGAGCGCGUUGAGGGCCACGCUGGACCCAAAGACGCCUCACGCGCCGACCAUGGCAAACGUGGCCAGGAACAGAACCCCGAAGGCCUCGCGCAGCCAGGGCCCCGCCGACCACGUGCGCCAUGUCGGCGAUGCUGUGGCACCCGGCCUGGCUGUAGCGGGAGUUGCCCUGGAUUACGGCGCAGUACGUGUUGAGGAACUGCCAGCCGAGCACGUUGAUGGCCUCCCCCGAGAUGGCCCCGAGCACGUACAUGGCCGAUGGGAUGGUGACACGCCCGUGGCGAAGAUGACCUUCAGGAAGAUCACCGAGGCGCGCACUCAGCCGACGGUGCGAAAGCCUGUGAGGCCCUCACCUCGCUUAAAGACUUCAUUCUGGUCUUUGAGGCUGCCGGUCUUGACACCGUCCAUGCUGGAGCUGCUGCGACUGUUGUUCCGGGAUCCUGCAGGCGUUAUGGGAUCGCCGGCGUCUUUUUUCGUUGCCGGCUGCCAUAUGGUCGAGAUAAGGCUAGUAAAGGAACGCAGACAGCCAACGGAGACUCCAAAGCGCCGUCUGAAUGCUGUAACGAAAAAAUGGGAUGGCCAGUGGUAA